AUGGUUGUGUUACUGUUAUAUGUGGAUGACAUCAUACUUACUGGUGAUAGUGAGGCUUGUGUUCAGUCUGUUAUCUCUCAGUUAACCACCGAGUUUGACAUGAAGGAUUUGGGGAUUCUUCAUUAUUUUCUUGGCUUGCAAAUUGACUAUCACUCUUCGGGCUUAUUUGUGCAUCAGUCUAAAUAUGUUCAUGAUCUGUUGCAACGGUCGAAUAUGCUCGAGUGUAAACCAUGUCUCACACCCUGUCAUCCUAAUCAGAAACUUCUCACACAUGGCAGUCCUAGUUAUUCCGAUCCCACACAUUACAGGAGCAUUGUCGGAGCCCUUCAAUACUUAACAUUUACACGGCCCGAUAUUGCCUAUUCUGUGAAUCAAGUGUGCCAAUUUAUGCAUUCUCCUCUGGACUCUCAUUAUGUUGCUGUCAAGCGGAUUCUUCGAUAUCUCCGUGGUACUAUUGGCUGGGGCAUCUUUUUUCAACCUGGUUCCCUGUGCUUACGAGCUUACACAGAUGCUGAUUGGGCUGGUGAUCCCAACGAUAGGCGGUCUACUACAGAGGCUGAAUACAGGGCUAUGGCCACUACCACUGCCGAAGUUGUUUGGCUUCAACAACUUUUGAAGGAUCUUCAUCUUGACAUUUCCUCUCCUCCCAGUUUACAUUGUGACAAUGUCUCUGCUAUGGCUUUGGCUACCAAUCCGGUUUUGCAUUCUAAAGCCAAACACAUCGAGGUGGAUUGUCACUUUGUGCGGGAAAGGGUUCAACAAGGUGUUAUAUCUCUGCAAUUUGUUGCUUCCCAAGCUCAAUUUGCCGAUAUUUUCACCAAGGGUUUAUGUUCCCCUUUGUUUACCACUCAUUGUUCCAAUCUUAUGCUUGGUUUACCUAAGACAUAA